CCUGCUGGCCUCACUUCCCGAAGCCGAGAGCGGCCAUUUCCGAGUCUACUUCCCAGCCUUGCGAACCCUCGCGCCGUCAAGCCCGGGAGCACCUUCUCCCCCGCGGUCUGUCGCUGGGCUUCAGAAGACACGGACCGCAGUGACGUCAGACAGGAGACUUCUGGUUUCCGCCUGUGGGGCGGGACUCUCAGUGACUUAAGUUAGCCAGAUGGGGAAGGAUGUUAUUCGUGACUGGGCCCAAAACGCAAAGCCACAAAGAUGGAAAAAAAAAAAAGCAAACCUGGUGAGGUGAAACUGGAGUAGUAAGUUCGGAGAGGCAUGGAGCAGACGUUUCCUCAUCCAGAACUAUGCCAGUGAAGGUGAACCCAAAUUCUUAAGGUCUGAGAGCACUUCCCAGACUGUCAAAAAAUGAACAAUUGGACCCUUACAUUGACCCUCAACACUUUAGCUGGCUGAAGCUCAAUGCUUUCUGAUUUUUUAGCUAUGAGGUUGGGGGAAAUUUUUUUUUUCUAGUUUAGGAUUUUUUACUUUGAAAACAGAAUACUCUGCUGUAAGAUGGUAACUGCAAUAUCAAACCCACAUAAAGUUUGUAUUAUUACAUCAGUGAUCCUGAUUUUUCCUCACUCAUCAAGAACCUCUGCCCAAAACCAAGGGUCAGAAUCCAUGAGACUAUUGAUUUUGUGCCUUGCAGUUCAUGGGGAAAGCGAGAGCGAGCAAAAACAAAUUCAGCUCACUGAUGUUGCCUGAAGUCUAGGCAGUUCUUCAGACCGUCGUCAUGGGUAUCCGAGGGCUCAUGAGUUUUGUGGAAGAUCACAGUGAUGAGUUCUUCACUGAUUUGAAGCUGCGAAACACCAAAAUUAUUAUUGAUGGUUAUGCUCUGUUCCACCGGCUUUGCUUCACUUCAGACAUGGAGUUCCAGUAUGGAGGGGACUAUGAUUCUUUUGCAGAUGUUGUACAAAAAUUCUUUGAGUCACUGUUUGCUUGCAAUAUAUGCCCAUAUGUUGUAUUAGACGGAGGAUGUGAUAUUUCAGAUAAAAAGCUUACAACUAUAAAGGAUCGAGCUAGAGAGAAGAUCCAGAUGGCCCAUUCCCUUUCUGUUGGUGGGGGUGGGUACGUAUGUCCCUUGCUCAUCCGGGAAGUGUUCAUACAGGUGUUGAUCAAGCUUCAGGUCUGUUUUGUCCAGUGCUUUUCAGAAGCAGAUCGGGAUAUUAUGACACUUGCUAAUCAGUGGAAUUGCCCUGUGUUAUCAUCUGAUAGUGACUUUUGCAUUUUUGAUCUGAAAGCUGGAUUUUGCCCUUUUAAUACCUUUCACUGGAGAAACAGGACCACUGUUAAAGGCACGCGAGACUACUACAUCCCUGCCAAGUGCUUUUCCCUUGAUGCAUUCUGCCGACGCUUCAGCAGUAUCAGUAGAGAUCUCCUCCCUCUCUUUGCUGUGCUGUGUGGAAACGAUUAUGUUAAUCUACCCAUGAUGGAGACUUUCUUCAGCAGAGCACACAUGCCUCUUGGAGCUACCAGUUCAAAAGGGAGAAGACACCACCGCAUUCUGGGACUUCUGAAUUGGUUGUCUCAAUUUGCUGAUGCUGCUGAGGCACUAGAUAACGUUCUGAAAUAUCUUCCCCUCAAAAACAGGGAAAAUGUUAAGGAACUUCUCUGCAGUUCCAUGGAAGAAUACCAGCAGUCCCAGGUGAAGCUGCAGGACUUCUUCCAGAGUGGUACUUAUACCUGUGCGGAGGCCUUGGAUCUGGGUUUACCAGAAUGGGUGCUAUCGGCUUUGGCCCAAGGCCAGCUAUCGCCUUUUGUCAGCGAUGCUCUGGUGCUACGACGGACCUUUCUUCACACCCAAGUGGAGCACAUGCAGCGCCCGAAUGCCCACCGAAUCUCGCAGCCCAUCCGGAAGGUCAUCUACGGGCUGCUCAUGAAUGCUUGUCCCCUUCAGGAAGCAUUACCUCCUCAGCCUCUAGUUUUUAGUGAAGUAGAAAGGGUUAAUAAAAAUAUCCAAACGUCAGCUGUUGCUGUAGAACUUCCCAAGGAUCACUUUGGCUUAAACAACUUGAAGGAGCUUUCCUUGGCUAGUCGGCAGACACUCCUAACAGAAACUCUGAAGGUGAAACGAACCAUCCUGGACCUGAUUCCUGCUUUGUUGCAACUGCCCAUUGCUGUCAGCUGCUACUGGUUACAGCACUCAGAGGUGAAGGCCAAGCUGCACCAUCUCCAAGCCCUGCUGCUGGGCAUGCUGCUGGGGCCCUUGCGGGCCAUGGCCAGUAGCCCUGACAAGGAAGAGCUCCAGAAAGGUCGUGCUAGAAAGUUGUAUGAAGAGCUCCAAAGAGUGAAGCAGCAGGCGCGGCCAGGCACCAGACUGGACCUAGACACGGCUCACGUCUUCUGUCAGUGGCAGAGCUGUCUGCAGAUGGGGCUGUAUCUCAAUCAGCUGCUGUUCUCUCCCUUCCCAGAGCCAGACCUAACUCACCUGUACAGUGGGAGCGUGGUGCACGGGCUGAGCCGACAGCUGCUGGCCUCCCCCUCCGCAGAGAGCCUCCUGAGCAAGUGUCCCGAGGCUCAGCACCUGUAUCAACUGCUGUUCAGUGCCACAAAGUCGCAUGCCCCUGCUGAAUUAUUCCUUCCAAGGGGCAAAUCAAGUUCAAGAAAAAAAAAGCAAAAGAAACAAGGUACCAGCCAGUCAAAGAACAGAGCGGGGGCCACCUCCGACCCGAGCUGGCAUGAAGAGAGUAAUCGAUUUGGGUUAUUAACAGUUGAUAACCCAGAAGAUCAUACUGAGGCUACAAAGCUUGAAUAAACUCAGUCUGCAACCAGAUGUAUAAUUCUUAAUUAAAGUUUUUGUUACCUCCCUUGAAAUUAACUUCUUCCUUUAGAUCUAACUUGUCAGGGACUAAACAUUGUAAUAAUCUUUGAGUUCCAGAGUACUCUGUAUUCUGCUUUUAAUAAACACGGCCUGAGCCUGCCUUCUUUCUUAAAUGCAUUUUCAGCAGGUUUGAACCUCGUGUCCCAUUUUACUAAGUCGACAGUCUCUAAGUGUAGGUGCUUACAGUCAUUGUUGUCCACAAGUGCACCCACUCAUUCAGCCAUCAGAAGACUUUGAAAGGCACAGCGUGGAACACACUAGAGCUGCAAGAAUCAAAAGCACACACAGGCCUGUGAAGGUGCUGGCCAGUUCCAAAUAAAGAACUUAUAAAAGCAAGCGGAAUGAACAUUCAGGCACGGUCGGAAAGUACAUUCUGACCUUCAUUUUCCUUGUAAUUAUACAAAUUGUGCAAUCACAGGAGAACAUUUUAUAAAGCAGUCUGUGAGGUGCCAACUGGCAAAAUGCAGAUUGAAUGUGGCACAGUAACGAGAAGGUGGGUAUCAGGAUGAGCAGAAGAUAGUGAAGGCGUCUCAGGCCUGGCCUCUGAGCUUGACUUUGACACAGGGAUAGAAAUCAAAUGAGGCCAGAGACACCGGGAGCACCUGUGCAGAAGCAACACUUUACAAGUACCCACGUUCCAUCUGUAAAAUCUGAUUUCUUCGGUUUUUAGUUGUCUCUGGGUCUUGAUUUUAUCUGAUUCAGUCCUACCGAAUGAAGCCUUACCUGAGGUUUUGGAAAUAUGAACCUCUGGUUAGCAGCUUAAGUAACGAAAGGAAUGCUGGGCAGCAAAGAUGUACAACUUUUAGGAAUAAAGGUGAGGCGAGAAAAAUGCUGUCAUAUAAUCCUGUUUUGUAUUUAGUUGUGAUAAAAUUACACAUGAACCUUAUGUGAGCCAUUUUUGGGAUACAUGGACCUGGAACAUGUAAUAGCUGUAUUUUAUGAACUCAAGUCCUUUCAUGUGCUUUGUCAUGAGAAAAACAGUUCAAAUUAAUUUUGGUAUUUGAAGUGGGACCUCUAGUUCAAGCUAACAAACUUAGAAAAUAAAAACCUUCACACCUAGAAAGAUCUCAUAAUUAUCUUUACUUCCUCUGCAUAGAAGAAUCAAUGACUUAAACUUAAUUACCCUAGCUGUAAAGUCUCCAAAUAACUGAAUAAAGAUAAAAUAAUGUAUUUUUAUGCUAUUUAGCAUAGUGCCCAACAUUAACAUGCAAGACAGAUGCAUAGAUGAGAGCCCUCACUACAUUCACAGGUGAAAACCAAGGGCAAAAGUGAGAUCUGGGAAGAUGGGCUCCCUGAGGCCAGUGCCGGUGGGUGCCUAGGCUCACAGCAGAAUUCUGCAGAAGCAAAGGGUGUCAACACAUACAUGGUGAAGACAGGAAGCAGGGUCAGAUUGGGAGAAGAAAGCUCAGCAGAGGUGCUGGUUAGCACACUGAAAGAGCAGUGCAGGAAGGAUGUGAGCAGGCAGCCAAGCUCACCCCAGAGAAAGUGAGAAAGACCAGAACUAUCCUGUGAGUCCUUGUGUCCCUCUGCCCUUUAAUCUCGUCAUCAAGGAAUUUUCUGUAGUCUUUUAAAACCCAACUGAAGUAAACAUUGAAAGAGCAAAUGAAUAACCAAUUUUCAGAAACAGAAAAGAGCCCUGAAUACAUUUAACGAUAGGAAAAAUGAACAGCAGAUAUUACCACUUUCUGAAAAUUUCCUCCUGCAACUGUCAGGGCCUCCUGGCCCUAUCUGAUAACCCAGAGGACCCCAAGCCCAGCAUCUCCCUUAAUGAGGUCCCCAGAGCUCCAUGGCUGCUGGUCCCUGCGCUUAAGGUAGGCUGGCACACCAGGACCCCAAGCCACAUGUAGAAAGUGUCGCUGGUCACUCCCAAGACCAGGAGAAAAGUUCACUUCUUUGCUGGAACAAACUCUAUGGUACCUAAAACCAGGAUGAAGCAGUGAUAAAACACUUUGAAAAUGAAUGCUGCAUACCAAAAAAAACUUUUUUUUGCAAACCAGUAGCAGAUGGAAUUGGUGUGUAGCUCAUCACACAUCAAACCCCAUACGGACUCAACAGUCCACACGGAAGAGUUACGUAAGUACAGUCGUCCCUCAGUAGCUCUGGGGAUUACUGCCAGGAAACUGCGGUGGAUACCUAAGUCUACAAAUACCCCACUUCACUUAUAUGAAAUCUUCCAUCCUCUCUAGUUUACUUAUAAAAUCUAACAUUGUAUCAAUAGCUGUUGUAAUGUGUCAUUUGGGGGGAAAUGACAAGAAAAAGGAGUCACAUCUGUUCAGUACAGGUGCAACACCAAGGCCUAAAUAUAUAUAUAUACACUUAUGUAGCUAUUUCGUGGGCCAUCCAGACCUGACCCCUACAGACACAUACUUAUAAAUCCUAAUACAAUCCUAUUACGCAAUCAUAUGAGUGAAUAUGAGAAAGGAAUUGAAAAUAUAUUCAUUUAACUCUCCCUGAAAUUGAUCUAAUAAUGCUCAAAUAUAAUUUGAAUACAAUCAAGCACACAUUUUCUAUCGUUUCUGUAGUUGUCUUUUGGGUGAGACUUGUUACCUAUUACUCCAAGCUUUUUCUGAUUGUGUUUUAAAGGUGCAGAUUUGAUGGGAAAUGAUCAGAACAUUACAGUACUGUCUGUGACCACCAGAUGGCACCAAAUUGUCACUUCUCUAGUAAUAGGCGCUUCAGUGUACUUGUAAGGCCUACUAGAAACUGCUUUCAGUUGAAUGGGCAAGUUUAAAAAAACAAAACUAUUUAAAAAGUACAUUUUGCCCGAGUUCAAAAGUUGGAAAUCCACAAACAACUCCACUCACAUACAACUUCCUCAAUUUCAGGCAUAAUUCAUGAAAUAGAUGCUAGUCAGAGUGUUCUAGGCAGAACAAUGCCAUUUUUCCGAAGAAAUUAUAGUGACGGGGCAAAUCUGACUUCGAUAUGAAAAGAAUGAUAGCUUGAAGCUACCAAUAGAAAUGCGAGCCUUUGCCAAUUUACUUGUCAAUUUGGCUUGACUGGGGCAAAAAGUCAGGUGUGUACAGUGAUCUGCUCAGGAAACUGUCUGCCAGGAGCAGCUAGACACACAGGCAGAGACUACAUUUGACUGUAUACAGGGAAACUGGCACUUGAUCUUAACCAAAAGGCCAAGAGUCAAUAAGUUGGCAGAUUUAGAUUAGAAAACAUGGUGGCACAGGUGUUAACUUGCAACAACAUGAAGCUCUCAGCAGCCA